UAUGUUAUGAAAUGUCAGGAAGACAGGCUCAACAAUCGUACAGUUAUGCAUUUUUUUAGAAGUAUUUUAGUUUCUUAAAGAAGAAAAGGUAAAUUUUAUCCGAUUGCUGAUCGCAUAUGAGCUGAAGGAAGCCGCAGACCAUGUCAGCAAUCAAAGUUGCCAUGCAACAGAGUCAGAAGAGUGGCAGAAGAAAAAACUCGGAAAAAAUGUCUGGAGAGGUGUCGCCAGACUCCAAGUGUCCCAUCUGUCUGGACACAUUUCAUAACAUUUCUUAUCUGGAUCGCUGCCUUCACAAGUUCUGCUUCCGCUGUAUUCUCGAGUGGUCCAAGAACAAACCCGAGUGUCCGCUAUGCAAACAGCCGUUUAAUUCAAUCUACCACAGUAUAAAAUCAGAACAAGACUUUCAGAAGUACGAACUGAAACAGAAGGUGGAAAAUCCUUCGUUUGGAUAUUUUGAAGGAGUGCGAUUUAGAUACCGCACAACGCUAACUGGAGUCCAUCGACAGACGCGAGGAAGGACAUCUCCACCUCCAGACAAUGGAGUAAUGUUUGAAGCCUCGACAAAUAUUCCUCUGCAGCGGCAAGAUCGUUACAUUCGACGCAUGAUGAUGAGGUUGGCAGCCAAAAGGAGAGCUGCAAGCGAAGGGAGAGUUGUGAACAACGUCAGAGAGCAAGAGAUUAUAAAUUUCAGGAGGGAGCUGUACCGACGCGGGGUGAAGGUCCGGGAUGUUCGCGAUGGCGGUCGCUCACGGGACACCUCUGCUGAGUUCUACCGAAGAAAUCCUGCCUGCCUGCACAGACUGAUCCCUUGGCUGAAGCGGGAGCUUGUUGUGCUGUAUGGUGCUCACGGCUCUCUGGUCAACAUAGUUCAGCACAUCAUCAUGUCACGGAUUACGCGUUACGAUAUGGAGGACGGUGCUAUUCAGGAAGAGCUCCGGCCAUUUCUCCAGGGUCGAACAGAGCACUUUCUCCACGAGUUCAUCAGUUUUGCAAGGUCCCCCUUCAAUAUGGAGGCGUAUGACCAGCAUGCGGUUUAUGACUGCCCAGCCGCCUCCUCAAAUGAGGACAGCAGCUCAAACUCAUCUGUCAUCGCGAUUUCAGAGGAUGAGGAAACCCCUGCUGAACCAGACCAUCAACAAGGCUCCACCUCGACUCUGAGCCAGUCUGUGUGGGAUGAUGAGACGCCUGGACCUUCGUAUUCCACCACAGCAGAGCUGCACAGAGUGGAGCAUCUGUCAGUCCUGGACUCAGACUCGGACAGCAGUUCUGAUGAGGAACUGCAACAGUUUGGUGCUUCUCCACAGCAAACAAAUCCACAUAACCAAGUAGACGUGAUUGAGGAUGACUGUAACAAUGAAGCCUGUGUGUCUUCUGACACUGACGACUGCGUUAUUGUAGGAUUUGUUAAGGCAACAGUAGAGAGGACUCCUGAGCUGGUUCAACUCUCCUCUGACUCUGAAGAGUCUUCCAGUGAAGAUACUAAAGAAAUCACUCUCCUACCUCAACACAUCCGUUUCAACAGCUGUAGUCCUACAGCUUCACAGAAUGGUGAUAACAGUAGGGCUGGACGAACGGAAAAUGUAGACCAGGACCAUCAUAUUUGGUCAGAGUUAAAGAAAUAUAGAACUUUAACAUCAGAACAACACAAGACCUCCAACAGGUUAGACUGUAAAGGUGGAGAACUAAGACGUGCAAGUAAAGAGAGAUCCAGAGAAAGACGCAAGUCGACGAGCAGAGAGCGCUGGAGAAGGAAUAGAAAGUCAAAAAGUGUAGAGCGCAGACGGUCAAGUAGAAGCCCGGUGACAUCCCACGGCAGUGUGAGUCCUCGCAACACUGAUGGAGGUUAUGCUUACUCCAAUUACAGAGACUGCUCAAAAAUUGACAUGAGGUAUAAAAAGACGGACAGCGGUCACGGCUAUCAGUCAUCUAGCCAUUAUAGACGAGAGAGAAAUUAUUCUUAUACACAGAGGCAGUCCUACUACUACAGCAGCCAUAAGUACUCAGAAUCGCGUGCUCACUCCAGAAGUUGCAGCAGGGACUCACGGAGACGAGACAGGAGACGCUCUCGUUCUUGGACUUACUCCAGCAGUCGUUCCCCUUCAACGAGAAGAAAAUCUCAUCACGACAAGCCUGGCGGGAAGAGGAAAUAUAAAACGAGGCAUUUGGAGGGGCCAUCCGAAGACGCACAACCGAACCCACAUUCAGAAGGUGACACCGAGGUAUCGACGAAACAUAAGAAAAGAAGUAAAGAGAAACAUAAAAAAUCCAAAGAGGUGGCGAGAAAGAACAGCAGCAGUGGCAGCGUGGAGCUCCUCGGUGAUGAAAAAGCACACGAGCCAAGCAGGCGCCACAAAAAGAAGAAGCAUAAGAAGAAAAGCAAAAAACACAAGAGCAGUGAGCGCAAAGAGAAAUGCUCACAUUCUGUCAUUACCAUUGAUAGUGACAGUGAUACCGUUGCCAAUGACAAUAACCAAACGCCUGGCACCAAUAGGGAUAACCCCAUCAACAAUGCCACUGAUAACCAAGUAGAUCACACCAUUGUGGACAAUUCAUUCUAAUCUGUAUGGAUUUACUCUUAAUUCCUAAAUGCUUCUUCCAGUAUUUUAGACAGAAUGUUCUGUAUGUUUAAAGAUCCAUAGAUCUUGAAGGAAGUAAUGAAUGCACAUUUCCAUUCAAAUCCUACCACAAGUGUUUUUUUUCCAGUGACAGUUCACAGGUCAGUGAGGUCUGUCAAAAACACAGAUAUUCUUACAGGUCUAGAUACGUGUCAGCAUUAGCUAAAUUAUAUUUUGGGUCUACUGUUGUCUGGUUUCCUCAAUGUAUUUACUAUUUCCUAAAACAACACUGCUUAUGUCUAAUGUGCCACUAAAAUCAAAACAGAACAGGGUAAUACUCGAAGUCGCACAUCACCUGAAAGCGUCCGAUUUUGUUCCGCAAAGUCAGUUCAUUGUAUGGUGUGCUUAUGUUUCCUCAGGGAUUAUGCUUAUUUUAUUCUUUUGCCUUCAUAAAUGGACAAUAUUCUAACGACUGAACUAUUGUUAUCUGGUGCCCAUAGAGUAGUCCUUAUACACAGAUACUGUUUGGUUUCAAAAUGAACAUUUUUCUAUUGAAUUUAAUUUAAAAAAUAAAGUAUAAUGACAUA